AUGGCUUUCUCUGGUGCUUGUUCUGGUGCUGUUUAUAGAGUUGUAGACUCUGCCGGGUGGACUUCAAGAGGCCUUGUUGAUUACAACAAGUGGGCUUCAACGAAAGAUUUUAACGUCGGCGACACUCUCACUUUUGUUUACAAUAAUCAAUUCCACAACGUGAUGCAAGUUUCUGAUCAAGACUUUCAAUCUUGCAAUGCAUCUGCUAUCUCAACAUACACCUCUGGCUCUGACACCAUCACCCCUAAAAGGCCCGGCCACUAUUACUUUCUUUGUGGUGCUCCUGGCCAUUGCCAAGCCGGACAAAAGGUUGACAGCAAGGUCACUCUGCCUGUUUCAGAAAGUUUCAUCCCAAGUCCAAGCCCAUCACCUUAUGGAUCCUCAUCUUCAGCCUCUCAUCCAGAAGAGAUGUCACCAAGCUCAACUCUAAGCAGUGCUCCAACUCUGAACUCUUGCAAGCUUGGAUUUGCUGCUACCGCUUUUAUGUUAGGUCUUUUGGGUUUUGUGCUUUGUGUUUUGGUCCACGGAUGUGGUACUAAUUGUGGGUAG